CGCGUUAAGUCAAUUAUUCGUUAUUAGUUAUGUAUGUAGUACAGUUCAUUGUGAUAAAAAAAAUAAAAUCAAACUAAAAAAUAGUCUAGUGUUAACUGUUAAGGUCAGUUUCGUUUCAGUUUUUGAUAUCAAAUUACCAAACGCAAUGUGCGUUUGAAUAAUCGUUUCACUGUGUUAAUAAUAUUAUCAAUUUAAAUGUUAUGGAUAGUAAUCCAUCAGUCAAUGCUCGAUUACAAAAAUUAAUUGAUGAUACAUGGCGUCAAGAUAAACUACCAUUUGAUGAAAUUAUAGUGCCUAUUAAAGAAUUACCUGAUCCUGAAGCAGAUGCAACUGAUGCUCAUUUGACAUUAACUCAACAAGACACCAAGUGGCCCGAUUUAGCGCUAUCAAAUAUUACCAGUGAUAACCCUUUACCUCCUCCACCUAGAAUUUAA